CAGGUCCUGAUAACAAAGGGAUCUAUAAAGGGGAUCGAGAGUCCAGUGGAAAAUACACCUUUGCUGCCCACAUGGAUGGAACUUACAAAUUCUGCUUUAGCAACAGGAUGUCCACAAUGACUCCCAAAAUAGUGAUGUUCACUAUUGAUAUUGGGGAAGCUCCAAAGGGGCAAGACAUGGAGACAGAAGGUGGUGGAGAUACCUGGGAUGCUCAUCAGAACAAGCUAGAAGAGAUGAUUAAUGAGUUAGCAGUGGCCAUGACAGCUGUGAAACAUGAACAGGAGUACAUGGAAGUUCGUGAAAGAAUACAUAGAGCAAUUAAUGACAACACAAACAGCAGAGUGGUUCUUUGGUCAUUCUUUGAAGCCCUUGUACUAGUUGCCAUGACACUGGGACAAAUCUACUAUCUGAAGAGGUUUUUUGAGGUCCGGAGGGUGGUGUAAGAGUCUCCUGCAGUUCCAGAGUUCAGUUCACUGUCUACCAAACAUCCUGGUCACCAAACAAAGUCAUUUAGUUUCUGAACCCUCUUUACUGAACUGUAAAACUGAUUUGCUUAUGUUCCUUCCUAGUUAAAAAAAAAAAGAAAAGAGUUGUUUUUAUAUAUCUUCUGUAGCAAAAGCUGUGCUGAAAUCUUGUCACUUAAUUGGC